CAGAGCAGAGCAGAGGCAGCCUGCCUCAGUGUGAGGGUCGUGGGGAAGAGACGAGGCAGCAGUGACCAGCAGGCUGGGCUGGCGCUACCAGCUAGUUGAGAGGCGGCCUCCCUGACCAGGAGACACUUGGGGUCGACGGGCAGCGAUGCGGCGGAGCACGGUCGGUGCCCCCCUCGAAGAGUCGCGCCGGCCUGUGAUCCGAGCGGCCCCCGAGGACCACGAUGCCCGCUGGAGCAGUCGGACUGCCAAGUAGACGCACGCACACACGACGAGUCCGCGUCGCUCUUUAGACCUACUUCUGCUACACACGCGAAAUGCUGCACCUUUUUUUGCCCGAGGAGCGCUCCUCCACACGUUUUCGCAGCAUGCAAAAAGAGGAGGUGGCAACCUGCCGGGUGCUGCACAUGCAUUAAUUUGCCUCCUGCCAGUGAAACGACACCCGGGACAGAUGCAAGGAGAAUUGAAAAUAGGGUGCAUUCGAGGCGGCGGGUGGUGAGGGGCGGCGGCAACACCUUGACUGCAGUCAUGGGGAGGGCACACAGCCCCAUGGAGCCGGGCUAGUGCCCUCGACCUUCACCUUUCACUACUCUUAACUGCCAGCUGCUUGUAACAACCGACAUGGAGCACUUUGAGCUCACAGAGCACACCGCCAACCGACCCAAGGUCUACACCAAGAUGGAGGGCUUGGUUCGCGAGAUGCAGGAUCCAGAGAGCGGAGUUCCUGUUCGCAGCCAAAAGCUUUUCUUGACCUCAAUUCCAGCGGCAUUCAUGGGUUACGAUCUGAUAGAAUGGCUUAUGGAGCGACUAUCCAUAGAGGACUCAUCGGAGGCGGUACAUUUGGCCAACCUUUUGUGUCAAAGCGGCUAUUUCUUCCCCGUCACGGACAACAAAACGCUCACGGUCAAAGAUGACAGCUCUCUGUACCGCUUUCAAACUCCUUACUACUGGCCCAGUUCUGCAGCCCACGGACACAGCCCGGAUAACCUGGAAUAUGCAAUCUACUUGGCAAAAAGAAGCCUCCGGAACAAGCAGCGCCAUGGCCUCGAGGACUAUGAACUCGAGGCCCUCAACAACCUCAAAAAGACUCUGCAAAACAAGUGGGACUUUGUCAUCAUGCAGGCUGAAGAGCAGGUCAGGCUGGCCAAAGAUCGCAAGAAAGGAGACAAGAUCGUGACCGACUCUCAAGAACGGGCCUACUGGCGAGUCUACCGUCCACCACCUGGCUGUUUAACCCUCGAAAUCCUACCACUUCCGCUGGCCGCGUGUCGACUGGAGAGACAGCAGAAGGUGGCGGCCAGAGGCAAAACCGUGGCUGAUGCUAAGAAAGAGGUCCAAUUUCUUCAGUCUUCUUCGGAUAGAACGCGCGUCAAAACGUCUGUAGCCCUCGAUAGUCUCGUCCAAUGCGCCAACACUUAUCUCGAGUACGAUCCUUUUCUUACGCCGGUGCAGCCUUCAAAUCCGUGGCACUCGGACGACCCCACUUUUUGGCAAAUUAACAGCAUCUUAGUGGAAGUUCCAACGGAAAGGAGAGUUAGGAGGUGGGGACUAUCAAUGGAGGAACUUGUUUCAGACCCCACAGGAUUGCAAGAGUUCACGAAUUACCUCAGAAAAGAGUAUAGCCACGAGAAUAUCAGGUUCUGGACGGCCGUCAAUGACUUGAGGCGAAGUUCGCAGUCUCAGAUUCAAAACAAAGUCAAGGAAAUCUACGCCGAGUUUCUGGCAGCUGGAGCGCCGUGUGAGGUAAACAUCGAUGGCAAAACAAUGGAAAAGACGCAGUCCGAGCUGAAAACACCGUCUAGAUUCGCCUUUGACUAUGCCAGUGAUCAUGUGUACACCCUGUUGUUAAAAAAGGACUGCUACCCUCGCUUCAUUCGCUCAGAGCACUUUAAGGCCUUGCUAGCCGCCGGAGUGCAACCUUCACAUAAAAAACGUUUCUUCAAUUUUGGCGGUCCCACCAAGAAGAAGACGUCCACUAGCGGCGCUUCCAACGGUGGUGCCAACAAUGUUAAUGCGGGUACAAAUUCACAGCAAGCAACCACAGUGCGGGGUUCCUCGCACGACCUGGCGCGUGGUCCGGCCGCCACAGCCGCUGUGGCCGCGACGGCGGCCAACGCUGCCUCGGCGGCGGCUGGAGGCGACGUCCUUACACCCCCCACACGCCCCCACGGCCUCCCCGGCUCGCUGAGCCAUACAAAUGUGACUGCGGAAAUGCGCUGUGAAACUCCGUACAGGGGAGAUCUGCCAGCACUGACGCCCAGUAUAAGUAAUGUCAGACUGCCUAGUAGUGCAGUGGAGUUGCGGUCGAACUCGAAGGAGGCGGCCGACGACAGUAACGUGUGCCCCUGGGACGUCAAGUCGGCGACGCCGUCCGAGUUGGCAGCGCGCGACGACGUGUGUCCGUGGGACGACGUGCCGACGACCAGUAGCAGCCAGCACGCGCCCCUGCCGCGUACCAGCAGCGAGGAGACGGCGGCGGGGGCGACAGCCAUGGAGGCAGCCGUCGGCAAGCUGUCCUCGUCGGCGCCGACUAGCUCGGCGGUGCUGCCGCCAGUGCCGGUGCCGGUGAAGCUGGUGCCGGUGGUGAUCACAUCGCAGCCGACGGUGUCGAUGGUGCCGGAGAUCCGCGUUCACUCGGUCAGCAGCAUCGACGAGGAGACGCCGGAGGCGCUGAAGCAGCAGGAGGCGGUCAAGCCGGUCAUCGUGGCCGUCGAGCUGAAGAAGGGCGUGCAGCAGGAGCCGUUGCAGGCGGCUGAGUUCGAGCAAGGCAAAGAGAGAGAAGAAAAGACGGAGCCGAGGGGCGGCAAAGCUGCGGCGGAGGUGGCGUCGUCGUCGUCGGCGCCUCCGCACCACCACAAGACAUCAAAGACUGCGGACCAGAGAGCUUCAACGAGUGCCGAGCCGACUUCGGCCAAGAAGGCGGCCAUUGCGGGCGAGAAGAGCAACGAAGUUUGCCCUUGGGAGGACGAGUGAGUACACGAAAAAGAGGCGUGCAAUGUUGACACCAAUUACGUCAAGACAUAUUCAACUCUCGGCUACCUAUAGCCAUUUGCAGGCCACCGAUCUGUCACUUCGCGAAGUCGGUGGCUCAUCUGAAAUCUGCGGGAGGAGGACAGCACCUCGACAGUUUCAGCUUUUCCACAAACUUUAGCGUAUUCGGAAUGCUCGACAUGUUGGGGGGUAACCAGGGAAUCUUGCUGGCAUGUGUGUAGAUCUCAAAUUAUCGGACUGAAUUUCAUGAAAUGCAUUUCUAAAGCAAGUUUAAAUUUCAAGCGAAAAACGGCACUUUGCCUUGGAAAAACCACUGCUGACACUCGUAGACGCGGGCUUGGUGUUGGCGCUUUUUGCUCCCUGCUGCGGGCAGACGCUGCUUUCUCUGAGCCCUUUGCAGUGCACUUGACAACAGGCGAGUAAUCUGAAUCCACUUGCACCCCGAAGCCCUCGUCUCCGGCCUGAUAAAUGAGCUCUCAGCAGAAAACCGCAUUAUGCGAAUUACGCCGAUUUUCAAACCGGAUCGGUGGAGCAAAUGCUGUGGCGACGGACGCAGGAAUUACUCGUAAAAGUAUAAUACUUAAACUAUUCUAAAUAUAUUAUAAUCAAUGUCACGAAUAUCACGCAAUUUUAUCCAAUUGUGUAUUAUGACGAGCACUAUUCAAUCUCUCGAUGUUAUACUCUAACCGUGAAUAUUAUACACGCAAUCUCACAUUCAUACAUAUUUAUAUCUAAUAAAGCUUGAAAAUAAUACUCCGUUCGACGGGUGAGGACGGACGAGUGCGCGAAUCAUUGAAAAUCAAGAGUUGUCGACCGUCGCGGCGGAGUACGUAACCGUGAAUUUAUCUCACGUAUCGCAUUCAGUGUUUGGUGUUGAGUGUGCACGCGUGUGCAUCAUAACAAUAUUCGAAAAACGCAAGCCGCCCCCUAGCGGACUGCAUACUAUAGCGAAUAAGUGUGCGUGUACCAGAGCCUCCACAGCACUUGCUCCGUGAGUGGAAAACGAGCCAAAAGCAAACGAGCAUUUAAUUUAUUUGGCAGGGUGCCAGCGUGGUCGUUAGAAAUUUCAAAUAAAGUACGUUCAAUACCAUUGUUAUACGCAGAAAUGUAGUUCACGGAAUGCACGACAAAAGUGGAAGUUGUAAAAAUCUGGCCGAGGCUCUCCAACGCCGUUCUCGCGCAGGAGAGCUUCUGCCUCGAUUUUUGGUCAGAUUUGGCAGGCUGUUUGAAUGGGUUUAAUUGAUAUAAGAUAUAUAUGUCGAAGCAAUACGCACACGCAGUACACUGCAGGCGAGUGAAAAGCUGAAACUGACCGAAGACGCGUGUGCACGCCCCCAAAGCGGAAGAGAAACGUUUUUGUGCAUCGCGAAAAGGACAUUGGUGGUGCAGAAAUGCGUUUUGCAUUCCACUUUCAGUUUUUAACAAAGUGAAGUUCGCGAAUGAACAUGACGACGCAGUGUAGAGCAAAACGAACUGAUAAUAAUAAUUUUCUGUAAUUCAUCUUUUAGAAAUCAAGCAAAAACUAGCACAAUAUGUAUAUUUAGGGUGAACAACAAACAACAAAAACUACUGCUGCUGAACCGAAGAAUUUCGUGUCAUGUUGGGGAUAAUUUAUACGUAAGAUUAGGCACUGUGAAAUGGACAAAAAAUACAUACACACGAAACUGUUGGACGAUUACAGGGCUGAAAAUUCCUUUACCGAUUCAUUUUCUAGACCUACAUUUCGUUUGCCAUGCAGAAGAAAAAGAGAAUUGAUGAACAUCAAGUAAACAUAACUGUUUCUCUAGACUAUAGAUUUUUGUGAAAAAGACGCAGAUUUGAUGUUUACCUUCAAAUGGAACAAUGUUAGAUGCAGCGUAUAUAAAAGACACAAAAACAGAAAAACCAACUGUCCAUAAGCAAGUUAAAAUUAAAUGGGUUUAAUGAAACGAUCGGCGGUAAUUCAGUAUGUGAAAAGAUUGAGUGAUAGAAAUUGAUAUCAUAAUGGGCUACUUGAAAAUACCAAUUGCAAAGUAGUAUCUACAAUAAAAGACAAUAUAAAUAUCAAGAAAAAGAAAACCUUAAAUAUGACAUGAUAGUAUAAUUCACUCGAAUAACAUCUCAAAGCCCUAAUCGAAUGAAAAGCAAGGAUUGAAAAGCAAAACAUUCCAAAGAACACUUUCCCACUGGCCUAUGAAUAAAGAGUUGUUAAAAACUUCACGAAAAGAGACUUUGCGACUAGUUAAAAGAACAAAAUAUUCUCACACAAUUAAGCAUCUUGAAAAUAAUAUAUAUAUAAAAUUUGAAAUCUCUAUUCUCUCUCACAUUUUCCCGACUCAAAAAAAUUUACACUCUUUUCUCUCGUGGCCCCUUUAGCGUGAAUAAAUGCAAAAGCGUUCAUCAAAAGUGAUGGCCAUUAUGUUGCAUUGAGAAGAUAUAGCCACUUACGAAAUAAUUAAUAAUAUGUUACAAAAAGCAGAUGAUGUGUAACACUGAGUGUUAUAGAGGAAAAAAUAAAAUAAAAAAGAAGCAUUUACUGUGAAAACUGUCUGAUUAUGAAAAAAAAAAUACAUUUCACGCUGAAAAUUAUACAAGGUAGUAGCGAGAACAAGAAAUUUGAUAUUAAAUUACCAUUAUCUUUAAGCGAUAAAAUGUUCAACAGUUACUGCACAAGUAUUGCACGUGUAUUGAUUAUCAAAUUUAAUAUCAUCGAUCCUAAAAUCUGAACAAUUUGCCCCAAAGUAAUAGUAAAAACGAAUAAAAUAUACACGAUCAAACUAGAUAUGAAAAUUAUCACCAAAUUUCCGAUUGGCCAGUUAUAAAUUCAUGCUACAUUAGAGGCCUCAAGGAGUGUCAAACUGACAUUUGUUCAUGAAAUAAUUAUACGUUAAUUGUUUCAUUCAUCGGAAUACGUGCGUGUAUUAGUAUGUUUGCAAUGAAUGCAUGUGUCGGACGAACGCAAUUUUAGAAAUGUGAUGGAAAGGCGCGCAUACUUGGUUUAGAAAACUACACAAGCGAGAGAGAAAGAGUGAGAGUGGCGAGUUGUAAUCCUAGACGAUGAUCAAGUUCUGAAAUGUGUUCUCGCAUCGAGGUAGCGCGCAUACUUAAAACAGAGGUCCGCCGCGUCGGCUGUUGAUAUUUUUGAACCAUCACACGACACACGCUUUGAUUUGAUUGGGUCUGAGCAUUACAAAAAGUGAGAGCAGGUCAUGAUGUGCGAGUUCAAAAUAUGCGUAAUAUAUUAUAUAUUCCGUGUAUUUGUAGCUUUGUUUGUAGCAAAAAACAUCACACAUUAUAAGAUUGUUUAAAUUGUAAGAAUAAAAAUUAUUCUUAAA